AUGCCCCGAAAUGAUGACGUUCACUUCAUUUCCACCUCUCUCAAACUCCCUCUUUUCUCGCCGCAUCCUCACCCUCAACCUUCUACCCCCUUCUUCUCUUCCCUCCAGUUCAGCUCACACAGAAAAUUCCCCAAGAUACCCUUCAAUUUCAAUUUCAACCACAUCAAUUCCCUCUUCCAAUUCGUGAAAACCCCGUUUUUAAAUUGUAAUGUCGAAAAACCCAACGAUGAAUUUAACCAUUUCGGUUCUAUACCAUCAAACGCCGCACUCUUUUGCUGUUCUUCAUUGUCUUUAACCGAUUCUGACUAUGGGCCUCCGUCGAAAGGUAAUGAUGACUCGGGGUUGAUGAUUCAGUCGAAGGCUCAGAAUGUGAGUAGUAGUCGGCCGGGGGCAGAGGAGAGGGUUUUGAUUAGUGAAGUUCUGGUGAGGAACAAGGAUGGGGAGGAGCUUGAGAGGAAGGAUUUGGAGAAUGAGGUACUGAAUGCAUUAAAAGCUUCGCGGGCAAAUUCAGCGCUCACAGUGCGUGAGGUACAGGAAGACGUGCACAGGAUUAUUGCAAGUGGGUACUUCUUUUCUUGUAUGCCGGUGGCUGUGGACACCCGUGAUGGCAUUCGCUUGGUUUUUCAGGUGGAACCAAACCAAGAGUUUCAAGGAUUGGUAUGCGAAGGAGCUAAUGUUCUACCAUCAAAGUUUAUCGAGGAUGCAUUUCGGGAUGGAUAUGGAAAAGUGGUUAACAUCAGGCGCUUAGAUGAAGUUAUAAGCUCCAUUAAUAGUUGGUACAUGGAGCGGGGUCUUUUUGGUAUGGUUUCGGAUGCGGAGAUUCUUUCUGGAGGUAUUAUUAAGUUACAGGUUUCAGAAGCAGAAGUCAAUAAUAUAAACAUACGUUUUCUUGAUAGGACUGGUGAGCCAACUAUUGGGAAAACAAGGCCAGAAACUAUAAUUCGGCAACUCACCACGAAGAAGGGACAGGUCUACAGUAUGAUUCAAGGGAAAAGAGACGUGGAUACAGUAUUAGCAAUGGGUAUAAUGGACGAUGUUAGUAUUAUUCCUCAGCCAGCUGGAGAAACUGACAAGGUUGAUUUGACAAUGAAUGUUGUCGAGCGUAAAAGUGGAGGAGGAAUUUCUGGUGGUGGAGGAAUUUCAAGUGGAAUAACAAAUGGACCUCUAGCUGGACUAAUUGGAAGCAUUGCUAUUUAUCAUAAAAAUCUGUUUGGGAGGAACCAAAAGCUUAAUCUUUCAUUGGAGAGGGGACAGAUUGAUUCAAUAUUCAGGAUAAACUACACUGAUCCUUGGAUUGAAGGAGAUGAUAAGAGGACAUCAAGAGCAAUCACAAUUCAGAACUCAAGAACCCCCGGAACACAUGUUCAUGGAAACCAGCCCAACAAUAAUAGUCUGACUAUAGGACGUAUUACGGCUGGAAUUGAAUACAGCCGGCCAUUCAGGCCAAAGUGGAAUGGAACGGCUGGACUUAUUUUUCAGCGUGCUGGGGCUCGUGAUGAUAAGGGAGAUCCUAUUAUAAGGGAUUUCUAUGGCAGCCCGCUUACGGCAAGUGGAAAUACUCAUGAUGAUAUGCUACUUGCUAAACUUGAGACAGUAUAUACUAGUUCGGGUGACCCUAGUUCUUCAAUGUUAGUGUUCAACAUAGAUCAGGGUAUCCCUAUCUUGCCAGAAUGGCUAAUUUUUAACAGAGUGAAUGCUCGCACCAGGCAGGGUUGGGUUGUUGGACCUGCAUGUCUUCUCUUUAGCUUGUCAGGUGGUCACGUCGUUGGUAAAUUUCCUCCCCAUGAAGCAUUUGCAAUUGGUGGAACCAACAGUGUGAGAGGUUAUGAAGAAGGGGCUGUAGGAUCAGGUCGGUCUUAUGUUGUUGGAAGCGGAGAAAUUUCAUUCCGCCUGAGGGGGCCAGUAGAAGGGGCUAUAUUUGCAGACUACGGAACUGAUCUUGGUUCCGGUCCAUUGGUUCCAGGUGAUCCUGCUGGGGCAAGAAAUAAGCCUGGAAGCGGAUAUGGAUAUGGAGUUGUUAUCUUCUGCCGCAGGCGCCCUGAUACCAAAGCAAUUUUGGACCGACCGACUGAAUUUAAAGAUCCUGCAAAUAUUUUCCAUAGUUUUUACGAUGAUUGCCAAAAAUGCACAUCUUCUCAAGCUUCCAAAAACAUGUAUAUCUACUGCAUGAGAAUCCCAAUGGCAGACAGGAGCAACGAAGAGCAAAUGAAGAUACUGGAGACGGAUAGCGAUAACCCGAGUCCAGCAUCCGGACGGACCGGACCUGGUGCUGGUGCCAGUCCCGGUGUUAAAUCAGCAUCCAGUGCCCUCACAGCGACGGCUGCCAGACAUAACACGACGAAGACGGUGGCAACAGGUCUUGAAAUUCCGAAAUGUGCCAUCUGA